CGGUUAGGGAUGAAUAGGGUUGAAGGGGCUGUCAAACUAGAGAGCAAGUUUCGGUUGCUUGCGGUUUGAGGAGGUCGACGGGAGUGGGGGUCGGAGAGGACGGCCUAUAGGAGGUCAACUGGAGGGAGAAUGGGCUUGCGCUGGCUUUGGUGAGAUGAGGUUAAGAGGCGUCGGUCUUGAGUCGGGAUGGAUUUCGGAUUCAAUAGAGGAUGGGAAAGGUGCAGUCGAGGUUGGUUAGGGCUAGAGGCGGGUAGAGCUCGGCCUCAGAGGGUUGCGUCAGUGGAAGCUGGGCGCCGCAAGGUUUGCGGCAGUCGGAGAUGUUCGACGGGUAUGGGAGUGAGGGUGGCAGGUUAUGCGAGUUUAGAGCUUGAGAUUAGGUCGUUUUGAGGAGAAGGUAGUGAGAGAGAGGUAAGGAGUCGAAGAAGGCAGCGGUUGGAGUUUGGCAGAGGAGGGAUUUCACAUGUGGGGAGAAAAGUAAUCAGGAGAAGAAGAAAGAGGCUUUGCCUCUGUCUCCUUUUAAUGACGCGAACAUAAGAAACAACAGGGCAAAACACGCGAUCUUCGCACGUGGGAGAAGGGACAUUUCGGCGUUGUCACAGAGGAAUGAUUACUGUAGAUGCAACGAACGUGAUUUGAGUGAGAUUUUGGUAUGGGCAGAUACGUAGAUUUAGGGCAGGUAAUGAUUUGUGCAUUUAUAUAUAUAUAUAUAUAGUUUCUUUCUUUUGGCUGUAGUAGGGAGAUCAACAGCUAGAUCUCUAGGUGAUUGAAUUAAUUAAUUAAGUCAGGUAUGAGAUGUAAGAAUAGAGUAAUAUGUAACCCAAUUAAAUAAGAUUGGCAAGAUUGGCCAAAAGAGCUCAUGUGAUUUAGAAUACCCAAAUAACUUGGUAUGACAUAGUCAACUUAAAACUUGAGGAGUGCCUUGCAGUAAUGCCAUGUUUGAUUUCAUGACCUAAGUAACCUCCUCAGUUCAAAAAGCGUAGCCUAACUCAAAUGAAACUCGAGAGUUGAAGUGCCAAAGUUUAGACAAGAGGCUUAUAAGCCACAUAUUGAACACCAUUAGAAUGGUCCAAAAACUUCUUCAUUGCUAGAGGAUGCCAAUCAGACAUGCAUGCACGAGACUUGUCAACAAUAGAAUGAAUGCCCUUAAAAUUGACCAUGCAAGUCCUUGAAGUGACUAAUGAUGUGAUGAUACAUCUAUAAAUCUUGGAUAAAAUAUUUCAACUUAUAUCUCCACCAAAAAAGAGGAUUCACCUCUUCAUCCAUGUGAUACAUAGAAUUUUGAUUUCAUGAGUAUUUUCGAAGAACUAUGAAAGAAAGCUUUCCUCUAUUACACAUAAGGCUGUCAUGGAGGAUGUACAUAAAUACUUUGUUAACUCAUGCAAGAAUAUUUUUGGAUUUUUCUUCCUUUCUAGACCUUAGCUGAGAAUAUAAAUUGAUGCGCCUAACUCUCUAAUUCAAGGAAAUAAAACAUAUUUACUCUCUCUUUUCUUACCCUCUGGACUCAUCUCUUCUCAAAGUAGUUAGAUAAAUCCAUCUAACCAUUGUAAUCUUUAAUCUUAAAUUUCAAACUUAACUUCGUGGGAUUAUUUAGUUUCCCAUAGGCUAUUCAAUUUUAGAAAUAGUCAUUCGUAAUUAUUUAUACAUAUUACCUAAAUUAUUAAUGUUAUUCCACUUGUUAUUUUAUAAUUUUACUUAUUGCAUGCUAGAAGUUGAGUUAAUAGAGAGAAAUUUCUCUCAUUAGCUUAGAAUGGCAUCCCAUGCAUAAUUAGAUAAUUAAAGAGAUUAGGGUAUAAGAUUUUUUAAACAAAAAACCUAAAAGAAAAAAAAAUAUGAGACCUAGUCUAAUUAGAUCAACUUCCAUCAGUGGUAGUCUUAAAUAAUAUUAAAUUACAAAGGAUUGACCUUCACUUUACUUGAAGAAGGCGUUAAUACAAUGCAAGUAGAUCCAAGAUAUUGUUAUUUUCUACGAUAUGGAUGAUGUGAUGAGGUUAAGUAUUGAGAUGGUUCUCAUCCUUGAAAGGAAGUUUACAACCUAGAAACGAAGAGCAAGGUGCUGCUAAAUGGUCAGGAAAGCCAUUAUGGAUGGCUGAGAUGAUCCCCUAUGGAGUUGGAGCAACACAACCUAAAGACAACAUGAUUAUGAUGUAGGAAUGCAAUGAAGCUAAUUGAAGGUUGUCAAGAUGAUCCUCUUUUUGAUGGUAGAGAUGACAUGACUUCUAGGUGCAAUGUGGCGGCAUAGGGAGGUCGUGGAUGAUAUGAGAAAUUAUCAAAUCAAUCCUUUGGAGGUGAAAACCACAAUUUGUAGGCAACAUCAUGUCAACAUAGGAAUGUUGGGAAGGACAUCGAAGAUUACCAUAUCGUUCCUCCCUUGGAGGUGGCAUUAAAGGGAAUCCAAAGGUGUAAUUACUGAUAACAUCAAAUAGUGGUUGAGAUGAUUCUUGUGGAAGUAUGUGUCUGGACAACGUGGAGUCGAUAGACGAUUGAAAGUUGGUCAAAAUAGUCUUCUUGAAUAGAUAGGCUGGAUUGAAUGACUUGGACCCUACUGCCAAUUAUAGGCAGUUAGGAUAGUCUUUCUACUUGAGUGCAUUGAUUGAGCGAUUGGAGGUUGUUGGGAACAAUCCUUCUCCUGGAUGGAGAGGGAAUGAGUGAUUGGAGGUGUUUGGGACAAUACUUCUCUUGGAUGGAGGGGGUGGAUUGAGUUCUUAGAGUGUUAUGUGGUAGUUAUAGCUUUAGAAUUCUCUAAAAUUUUAGAGUUCAAAUUGUCAAAAAUAUUAAGAAUUGAGAUUUAUUUAUUAGUUUUAAUGGGGUAUGUCAAUCUUAUUCGAUAUUAUAUCAAAAUAUUCUCUAUUAUUAUCAAAGAUGUACUAGAUCACUCAUUCCCUUGAUCAAAGUAUGAUUGGAAUAUCUGUGUCAACGAUGACACUGAUCAGUUGAACAAAAUGUGGCAUCCCAUAUAGCUCAAUACCUCAAAUUCAACAUAGUUGAAAGAUCAAAAUUUUAAUAACUGGACUGAUUGGGAUAUUUUGAGAUUGUUUUCGAUCAAAUGUAGGACCAUUGAAAAAUAGCUAUGAUAUACUACCAUUUUCUUAAUAAAAUAUUUUCCUAAAACGCAAACAGACAUUACAAACAACUUGUUAAAUAGUCCCACCUAUAAACAUUGCAAAAACUUUGAAUUCAAAUAUAGUCAGGCAAACAAUGUGCAAGCAGUCGUGUCCCAUCAUGAUUGGAGUGCACCAUACAAAUGAUUCUGCAGAGAGAAUAUCUGAUUACUACGAAUGACGCAUAGUCCAACGGCAACGUAGUAGCAAUGACUUGGGGGUUGACAAGCAAGGUAGUAGCAGUGACCUCUCAUUUUCAUAUGCACAACCUCAUGUACGUGAGAAGGAGGUGGAAUAGGUUUGAUCAAUCAAUUCAGUCUGGCUUGAGCUAGUUCAGUCCAUUCAACCCCCAAUCAAGCUCAAAGUUGGGCGUUCUUGUUGUCAUUAUAAUUUUCAUGAAACUGGGUUAAUUUUCGAACUUAGUGCUCUCUUUCCUCUUGGAAGCAAUCCACAAGUAGAGUAGCAAGCGAGGAAGAUGGAAGGUGGUCCUCACAAGGCAGACUCCACUGAAUUUAAAGAGUGCCUUAGCUUGAGUUUUACAAGGCCAUACAUCUUGCAACUGGCGUUGUCAGCUGGUAUUGGCGGUCUUCUUUUUGGCUAUGAUACUGGUGUCAUAUCUGGUGCACUUCUUUAUAUUCGCGAUGACUUCAAGCAAGUUGAGAGAAGCACUGUUCUCCAGGAAACUAUUGUCAGUAUGGCUGUUGCUGGUGCAAUCGUUGGCGCUGCAUUUGGUGGAUGGAUGAAUGACAAAUUUGGAAGAAGGUUAUCAAUUCUUUUUGCUGAUGUAUUGUUCUUUGCUGGAGCUAUAAUAAUGGCAGCUGCUCCUCUUCCCGGAAUUAUAAUCCUUGGAAGAAUUUUUGUUGGCCUUGGAGUUGGGAUGGCUUCAAUGACAGCACCACUUUACAUUUCAGAGGCUUCUCCUCACAAAAUCAGAGGGGCUCUAGUUAGCCUAAAUGGUUUACUAAUUACAGGAGGCCAGUUCCUCUCUUAUCUUAUUAAUCUUGCUUUUACUCGGGUUUCUGGGACAUGGCGGUGGAUGCUUGGAAUUGCUGGACUUCCUGCUUUAAUCCAGUUUGUCCUUAUGUUGAUGCUCCCUGAAUCGCCUAGAUGGUUGUAUAGAAAGGAUAGGAAGAAAGAUGCGGAAACAAUUUUGAAAAGGAUCUACCCUGCCGAUGAGGUUCCAAGGGAGCUUGAUCUUUUGCGCCAAUCUGUUGAAUCUGAAAUUGCGGAGGAAGGUACCAUUGGUGAAUACAGUCUGUUUGGUAAAGUGAGAAAGGCAUGGACAACAAGAAUGGUUCGUAGGGGUCUUGUUGCUGGUAUUAUCUGUCAAGUGGCUCAACAAUUUUGUGGUAUCAAUACAGUGAUGUACUAUGCUCCUACUAUUGUUCAAUUGGCUGGCUACGCUUCAAACUCAACUGCAUUGGCACUCUCUCUCAUCACUUCUGGUCUUAACGCUGUUGGUUCCAUUGUAAGCAUGUAUUUUGUUGAUCGAUCUGGUAGAAGAAGGCUAAUGAUCAUCAGCUUAUGCGGAAUCAUCUUAUGGUUGGCUGUCUUGAGUGGUGUUUUCUAUGCUGCUUCAGUGAAAUCUCCAGAUGUUGGUUUCAUGGAGACUCAACAUUUUAGCAAUUUCACUUGCCCUGCUUAUAAUGCUGCUUCAGGUAUUCAAUGGAGAUGUGUCGACUGCUUGAAGGCCGAGUGCUCAUUCUGCUCUAAUGAAGACAAUAAACUUCGAGCUGGUGCUUGCUUGGCCAACCCUGAAGCCAAUGAACCCAUGAAACAUGCCUGCCAGAGUGAACAUAGAGAUUGGUAUACCCAAGGUUGCCCAAGCAAUUUCGGUUGGGUUGCUCUUGUUGCUCUUGCUGCUUAUAUCAUUUCUUACUCUCCUGGCAUGGGAACAUCUCCUUGGAUUGUCAAUUCUGAGAUCUAUCCCUUAAGGUUCAGAGGAAUUUGUGGAGGAAUGGCUGCUGUUGCUAAUUGGGUUUCGAACUUAAUCGUCACGCAAACAUUCUUGAGUUUGACGAAGGCCAUCGGAACGGCAAACACAUUUGUAUUGUUUGCUUGCUAUUCAAUCAUUGCUCUUGUCCUGAUAUUUCUCUUUGUACCAGAAACAAAGGGUUUACCUUUUGAAGAGGUUGAGAAAAUGAUGAGUGAUGAUAACUAUAAAGCCUGGAAGACAAGAUCUGCUUAUAAGAAACACCAGUUGCCAGAACUUUGAGUCUUAGAUGAGUGGCAUUUGUUGUUAUCAUUAUUGUCUAAAAUCUUAUAGUCAAAUCAGCUAAAAUUUUAGUUGUUCAUGGCACAAACUUGAUUAAUAAGCAAGAAUAGUUGCUUGACUGUUUUUAUGUUUAUAUUUGGGUUUGAGGUUUGUGUUUAUUGAAUGAUAUAUUCAGAAGUUGGAUAAAUUAUACUGUGCUCUCUUAUAGGGAGUGAUAAUAUGCAUCUCAAAUAUAUUUUUUGAAA